ACUCAAGUUCAUGGAUCACAACAUGCAGUGAAGCUAUGUAUGCGCUUGAAGUUAAACUCCUAAACACUACAGACACACCAUAUCAUGGUUACACUGAGCAAAUUCCCUCCAUGCCUCUUUUCGAAAGCUUAGGCAUUGAGAACGCAACAACUACAGAAGGAGUUGAAAAAAUCACAAAACUCAUGUGGCCUUCUGGAAAUGAAAAUUUUAGUAAAAGUGUUUUGAUGUUCUCCAAAGCCGUAGCAGAACUAUAUCAGAUAGUGAUGUGGAUGGUAGCGAAAAGCUAUGGAAUAGAAGAAAUUUGUGAGUCGCUCCUUGAGUCCUCAGUUCAUGUUCUUCGAUUCAUGAAGUACUUAUGCCCUCAGGGGGACGAUCAAGGGAAAUCCUCUCGGUGUUGUUCCUCACACUGA